ACUAAGAGAGAUUGGGCCAAUUGAAGGUUACGGCAAUGUAAUGUAAUGGCUCAGUAAGUUCAUACUGACAGUGUUUAAGACACUACGCGCUCGUUUAACGUGGGCUGCUUGACACUAAUACAAAUAACGGAAUGACAUAGGACGGUUAUUGACAUCCUGGUUGUAAAUUUAUCAACAGUAGGGUCGAGUUUGUUGUUUUCUGUGAUUACAAGAUUACAAUUUGAAGAAGGAUUCCUUUCUCUAAAUGGUAGCGACUACGAAAUGGUCAGGAUGAUGAUAACGGCCAGUGGAUUAAUGUUUUUGUAACUAGUGUACGUGUCGUGUUUGUGAUAAGGAUAUAUCAUUAUUUAGUUCGGGGUGGAAUUUACAAUAAGUACCAUGGAUACGUCAGCAGGAUCUAGUGUGGAUAAAACAGAUGAAAAUGGAAAUGCAGCUCAUAUAAUCAGUGUACCAGAAGAAUUGUCUAUUGUUACAGAAAUACCUGGUGAAGAAUUCUAUGAUGCUGUAGAUCAUAUAUCUAGUGACUUGAUAAAUAGGACUAUAGACACAAAUGCAAAUAUAUCCAGUGAUAAAAUAGACAUGGGGCGGAAGGAUAAAAGUGAGAAUUCAUUCUCUGAACAAUCUGAUGAAAUAAUCAUUGAAGAUAAACGAGCCUUGCUUAAUAAUGGUGCCAACUCAAGUUCAAACAAUUCAAAUUCUAGAUUAACGAUGGAUUUUAAAUUUAGUGAUAAAAAAUCUAAAAAUAUAGAUAAAAAAAUAAACCUAGAUGGAAAGGUGCCAGGUGCCGCUGAGGCCAUAAACUCAACACCCACAGCGAAGGGGACAGACACAGAUAAAAGCUUAGCAAAGAAAGAAAAACGGAAACGAGACAGAAAGAAGCGAAAAAAGAACAAAAAAGAUCGCACACUCGAGUUGAGUGAAGAUGGAGACGAAAAGGAGAAUAGUUUACGAAAACUUGAUAGUUCUGAGACAGAUGUCAGCGAAAAAGAUGAGAUAUCUAAGGAGAAAGGAACUGGAAAGAGCAAGCGUAGAAAAACAUCAGACACAACAUCAACUGCUUUGGAGGCGAAUUCUCCUUCGUCAGAUGUGAUUGUAAAUUCAAAGGGUUGUGAUUUGGAAUUAAAAGAUGGUAGUGACGGAGGUGACAUAGACUCAAGUGAUCAAAUUAUUUCUAGUUCCUCAGAAUUUAAAACUGAAUCUCAGGAAAUUUCUAGUGAUUCUGAUAUAUUAAAAAGUGAUUCAGAAAAUGUUCAGGAUAAUUUCUCAUCAAAUUUAGGAACUGAAGAUGUUUAUGAAAUAAAUUCUGGGCAAUCUGUGAAUAAAAAGGAUGUAGCAGACGAUAUUGUUAAAAAAAUAGAUAAUAAAUUAGAAAACUCAUUAACAGAAAAAAUGGCUAUUCCAACGGAAAAUAAGGAUUUUCCAAUUGAUAAUAAAGAUGUUGAAUCUGGUAAUAAGGAUAUUCCAACUGAAAGUACAGAUAUUCUAACUGAAAGUACAGAUAUUCUAACUGAAAGUACAGAUAUUCCAACUGUAAGUACAGAUAUUCCAACUGGAGGUAAAUAUGUUCACACUGAAGGUAAGGAUGUUCAAAUUGAUUGUCGAGAGUUAUUAGAAAGUCCUGAAAGUUCAUCCAAAAAAUCCUCAAAAAGAAAUAGAAAAUCUAAAAACAGAAAUAAAAGAUCUUCUACAGGUUUAAAGGAUGUAGCAUCUGUAUCUGCAAGCCAAGAUAUGAAAGAACUACCUGUAUGUAAAGAAGGAUUUUCUGUCACAAAGGAAGAAACAACUGCAAUCAAGCAAGGAUCACCUGUCACCAAGGAGGAAGCGUCUGUCACCAAGGAACAUAGGUCUCCCAUCAAGAAAGGAGUACAUGCUUCCAAGGAAGAACAAUCUGUUAUCAAGGAAGAACCAUCUGUUACCAAGGAAGAACAAUCUGUUACAAAGGAAGAACAAUCUGUUCCAAAGGAAAAAUCAUCUGUGACCAAGGAAGAACAAUCUGUUACCAAGGAAGAACAAUCUGUUAUCAAGGAAGCGGCAUCUGUUACCAAUGAAGAAGUAUUUGUCACUAAUGAAGAAGUAUCUGUUAUUAAGGAAUCGGCAAUAGAAGAAUCUGAAAAGGAGGAAGCAGUAUCCGAAAAACCAAAAGUUGUACCAGAAGACUGUAUGAAGGAAGAAGCAGCUGAAAUAUUUGAUGUGAAAGAUAAUCCACAUGACCUAUCAGGAGUUCUAGAGGAAAUUAUUACUCCAGACAAUGAGGAAAUGAUUCAUCUAUCUAAAGGAAAAGAGACAGAAGCAUCUCAGGGAGUUAAUAAAGGGCAGUUAGAAAUAUCUAAACCUCUGGAAACAUCAAAACAAUUGUCAACAAUAGAACCAUCAUCUUCAUUAUCAGUAACAGAAACAUCAGAGGAAGCAAAAUCAAAUGAAUUAUUGGAGGUGAUACAGAUGUUUUCUGACUUAUCUUCUCAGAUGGAAAUAACAACAGCAUAUGAAAAAGAAACAUCAGUAGAUAGGAAUUCCUCUGAUGUUCCGAAAACACAUUCUGAUCCCAGUGUCCUCUUGUUGUCUAUUGAUAAACAAUCAAAAUCAAGUGACGUCUUGUCUAAGGAGGUAAAUGAUUUGUGCAAAGACACUGAAAUGUUAAUGCCCAUUAUUGAAAGUGAAUUUAGGAGUCAGUUAGUGAAAUGUGAUACCGAAGAUUCUAUCGUAAACUUUGAAAUUAAACCAUUAGAAUAUCAAGGUAGUUCUGUUGAUCUGGAACGUAAGUGCUUUGAUUCAAUCAUUACAGAAAAUGUCAAAAAUGCUCCAAAAUCCUCUGAAGCUGCCACAAAGGAAACUGUUGACGUUUGUGUAGGAACAUCAGAAGCUGGCAUGGAAACUGUAGAUGUUGGCACAGAAACCUCAGAAGCUGUGAUACAAACUGUAGAUGUUGGCAUAGGAACAUCAGAAGUUGUCAAAGAGAGUAGUGAUGUUUGCACUGAAACAUUGGAAGUGUUCAAUGAGAGUAUUGAUGCAUGUACAGAAACAUCAGAAGUUGUCAAAGAGGGUAUUGAUGUAGGCAUGGGAACAUCAGAGUUUGCUAUGGAAACUGCAGAUGUUUCUGUGGAGACAUCAGAGGUUGUCAUAGAAACAUCUGAUGUUAGUAUAGAAACCAGUGAAGAUGAAGAAAAGAUAAUGAUGAAGGAAGAGAUAGAGUUGUUGAAACAAGAAGUGAAAUCUACAAAGGAAAUACUUCAACAAUCACAGAGCCAUCUGUACCGACAUCAGAUACACACCAAUCUAACGGUUACCUCCCUUCAAGCUCAACUACGUAAAAAAGAGCUGGAGAUGAAGAGUAAACAGGUGGGGCACGAUCAUCAAAUCAGCGCAAUCAUAUCGCGUCUGUUUCUCCUUGAGGGGCAGCUUCGUCGUGAACAGAAACAAAUUCUCGGAUUAUUAGAAUUGAAAGAAACAGUCAUUGAUAGACAAAGUGCUAAAAUAGAAGACUUGUCCGCAAGAAAUGAUAAACUCUCCAUCGCUCUAAAAUUACAUAAUAAUGGAAAUAAUGGAUUAAUUCAAACCAUCAACAAAUCAACCAAUGAUCUUUCCCCAACCACCCACAAGAGUUUUAAAGAAAAGGAAUCACCAAAAAACAUCAAACUACGUUGGGGCACAAUGCGGGAUAAACUUCGCCGUCAUAAAAGCAGCUUUGAGCUUCACACUCCAGAUCGCCUAGAAACAUUGGAGGAAGGAACAUUUCGAUAUGGAAGUCAGGAAAAUCUGUCCAGCGUGCAAAGGCGCAUGGUCGAUCGUAAAGAAAGAUGUCGCAGUAUCGCAGAAUACCCUCAAGGUCUUGGGCAGUCUCCGUUACUGGAAUUGCCUGAUGAGAAUGACUUUCAGAAAUGUGACAGUGCUGAAGCUUUGAGUGUUAAUACGGAAAGUAAUGAAGAAUCGUUUACUAACAGUUCCGAUGACAAUAGCCAUAUUAUUGACCCAAAUUCCACAGACAUCCGUGAUCAUAGCGUAUCCAUUGGAAACAGUCAGAAUGAACAAAAGGAUCAGAAUAUACACACUAGUGUUGAAAACUUGAAAGUAGAAAAACCAAGCGUUCAGCCUAGUCGGAACAUUCCAUCACCAACACCGAGUGAAUCAAAUCCGUUUAAGAGUAUAAAAACAAUGCUAAAGCGAAAAGGCAGCAAGUUACGGAAUAAAAAACAGCGUGCUGUAUCGUUACCACAGGGCACGACCCCAGAACAAAACGAAAGUGUGAAAAAACAUUUUAAAAAGUUUGAUAUGCAAUAGAUAGUUUAUGUUAAAUCUGGGUUUGUGAUGUUGUACGGUAUAGAUUUCAUAAUGGAUUCAUUUAUUUUCUUCAUUUUUUGGAUGAAUGGAUGAUACAUAAAUAUGCUUAAUGCUGUAGUGAAUUUCCUUAUUUGUGAAUUGAAACAUUCAAUUAUAUAACUAGAAUAUCUACAUGCUACUAAUUUUGACAGAAGGAAGAGAUCAAGUUACAUUUUGUCAAAAUUCUUUGAACUUGUGAAUUUGUCAAGUGAUCAAACAACAAUGGAUGUCAUCAUUCAGUAAAGUAUUUGAUUAUAUAUGUGUAUAUAUUGAACUAUAAAGUGUUACAUUAUGAAUUUAUAACUGUUAGCAUUGCUAAACAAACAUGGAGUAUGCAAUGAAUAAUGAAGAUACAGAUUGUUUACAGAAUUGGUUACUAUUUGAAUGACAAUUAGUUACAUGUACAUCAGUUAAAAUAUGUAUCCUUAUUGGAUAAAUUAUCAUUAACAGAUUACUAGAUUUAAGAUUCAAAUGCAGGUUCUAAAAGAUAAAAUGAUUUUUGCAUGGAAAUUCAUUUCUACAAAAAUUUACUUAAACGUACAGAUUUAAACCUGGGCUCCAGGCCAUAAAUUAUUUCUUUUCUAGUCAACUAAGUUAUACUCAGAUUUCAGUUGCUUGUUACAAGUGGUUAUGAUGAAGGUAAAUUAUGUAAAUUUACUUUUUAUAUAUAUUGCAUCAAUCCAGUCCAAAAAUACAUGUUGAGAGAGUGAGUGAGUUUGAAAUUUGAGUAUUUCUAAAGUUGAUUAAAAAACAAAUGUUAUAUAGCACUGGGGUGUAAUAUAGGCCUAGAAUUAGAAUUAGGUUUUGUUGUACAAACACUGUGUAAAUAUUCUGUGUUGAUAUAUCCAAGUCAUGUUGUUAGUCUAAGAGUGCUCUUAAAUUUUUUUCUGUAUAUUUAUUAAAAAAACACUUUUGUAGAUCUAGUUUAUUUUAAGGGGGUUUUCAUCUUUACAUUUAUAAUUCAUUAUAUGUGUUUUUGAAAUUAGAUUAUUUAUAUGAAUGGCAAGUGAUAAAUCACUUUAAAAAUAAGUUAACAAUAAUUUUUAAAUAACGAAAAUAAAUCGCAUCACAAUUGAUGAAGUAACCGAAGAAAUCACAUGAAAUUUAUUUCUAGUUAAAUUUGAAUUUAUAUGGCAUUCAUGAUCACUCAUCAAUUAAGUAAGUCAUUUUGGAAAUGUAUAUCUUUAAUUAAUAAAACAUUGUGAUUGAAUGGUUUAGAGUUAAUGAGAAAAUGCAAAAAUAAUUGAGUAAGAAAGUACAUGCAUAUGUCACCACUCUUUGCAUAUCAUUAAUUUCAUAAAACAUUAAAUUUAUAAGGCAAAAAUAGUGAUUUUUCUUUGGAAAUAUCAAAGACAAAAUGGCAAAUUAAAUAUUAAUGAUUUUUUUUAAAAAGCAUUCCAUUUGCUGUUUUUAUACGCCCACAUUGAAAUGUGGUCGUAUAUUGUCGUCACCCCUGUCCGUCCGUCCGACUUUAAAUUUAUACACAGUGUUUAAGGUCAUGAGACGAAGAAUCCUAUUGAUUUUCAGCGAUUUCCGAUAAUUACUGCCAGAGUUAUGGCCCUUGAUCACUUCAAAAAAUCUUGUGGACGCCCUUGAGGUCAAAAUUAAUAUCCGAUUGACUUUAAAUUUAUACACAGUGUUUAAGGUCAUGAGACGAAGAAGGCUAUUCAUUUUCAGCGAUUUUUGAUAAUUACUGCCAGAGUUAUAGCCCUUGAUCACUUCAAAAAAUCUUGUGUAUGGUCUAGAGGCUAAAGUUAAUAUCCGAUUGACUUUAAAUUUAUACACAGUAUUUGAGGUCAUGAGACAAAGAAUCCUAUUGAUUUUGAACGAUUUCCGAUAAUUACUGCCAAAGUUAUGGCCCUUGAUCACUUUGAAAAAUCUUGUGACGCUCUAGAGGCUAAAGUUAUCAUUCAAUUGACUUCAGAUUGAUAAUUACUUCAUGAGUUGUUACCCUUGAUCAGAUUUUAGUGUAUAAUAAAUUUUCAUUACCCCAAAAAGUAAAAAUAUGCGACAACACUUGUUGACUGCCCGGACGAUUUAGCUGCUGUGGGCGUAUGUUUCGUUGCCUGGCAACCUAUCUUUAAAAUAUGUGAGAUAUGUAAAUGGUUUCGAUGUUAAACAUCUUUUAGAAUCGAGAAAAAGAGCUCUUUAUUUAUGUUAAUCAGUAGUUAAUCAGUAGAUUUUUUCAUAAUAUCUAGUUUUAGGUUUAAAUGUGUGUAGCUUUUUAUACGCCCACAUAUUGUUGUCACCCCUGUCCGUCCAGAUGUCCACAAUUGUUUGUGGACACUCUACAGGUCACAAUUUUUAUCCAAUUUCAACGAAACUUGAAAUAUGGGUUGAUCUCCCUAAGAUCUCGGUUCCUUUCGAUAUUCACAUGUAUCGAACCAUAACUUCAUGGACUAUGGCCCCUGAUUGUAUGAAAAAUCACAUUUUUAGCUUGUGGACCCAAUAAAGGUCACAAUUUUUAUCUGAUUUUGUUGAAACUUGAAAUAUAAAUUUAUAACCCAAAGAUCUUGGUUUCUUUCGAUAUUCGUGCACUUCGAACCGUAAUUUCUUGAAUUAUGGCCCGUGAUUGUACGAAAAAUCACGUUUUUAACUUGUGGACCCUAUAGGUCAUAAUUUUUAUCCGAUUUAAAAAAAAAGUUUUAGUAAAUCAGCGUUACACCCUAAGGAUGGUUGAGUUCGAAUUUCGUGAAAAUCGGACCAAAACUGACAGACAAAAUGGCCGCACCCCGUUCUCAAAUAGGGUAAAAAUAUGGUACAAUUUUCAUCAGAUUUUGAUGAAACUUGAAAUGCAUGUUUAUAACCCAAAGAUCUUGGUUCUUGUUGAUAUUCUGGCAUAUCGGACUGUAACUUUCUGAAUUAUGGCACCUGAUUGCACGAAAAAUCUCGUUUUUAGAUUGUUGUCCCUCUAGAGGUCACAAUUAUUAUCCUAUUUAAAAAAAACGUUCGAAUAUAUCACUGUUACACCGUAAUGUUUAUUGAGUUCGAAUUUUGGCACUUGAGUGUACAAAAAAUCAUGUUUUUAGCUUGCCAUCCAUGUAGAGGUCAUAAUUUUUAUCUGAUUUAAAAAAAACAUGCAAAUAUAUCACCAUUACACACUAAGAUCUUGGUUCCUUUGAUAAUCGCAUAUAUCCAAACGUAACUUCCUGGAUUAUGGCUCCUGAUUGUUUGAAAAUCGCAUUUUUAGCUUGCGGAUUCUCUAGAGGUCACAAUUUUUUUUCCGAUUUUAAAAACCAUUUUUUCACCAUAAUGGAAAAUCGAAAUGAAACUGCCCGACAAAAUGACCCUGAUUGUACCAAAAAUCCUGUUUGUUUUUAGCUUGUUCUCUAUCCAUCUCUUGCAAAAUGUGGGUGUAUCCUUCCUGGCAGCCGCUGGUUUUAAUGUCUUCAAGAGUUAUGAGAUACAAAAAAAAACCCCACAGUUUAUAAUUGAGGACAAAUAGAACACCCUUUUUUCCAACCAUUUAUAUUCUAAAACUGUCUUCAUUCAUUUAAAUAUUGCAAGUUUAUUUUUUAUCCAUUAAAUAUUUACUUAAUUACUUAUUUAUUUACCAGUAUUUAGAAAUUUACUUGAUAAUCAAAUUUGUGUAAUUUAUAAUAACUUAACAGAUUUUUAUACUGAAAAGAUUAUUUUUUAAGAUAAGCCUGAAACCACUACCAACAUGCCACCAAAUUACUACCUAAAUAAAAUGUUAUUUCAUAUUUUAUUGUAUUUUUAAGAAUUUAUUUUGAUAACUAUAAUUUAUGUGAUGGAUUAAGAUCAUUUUAAAUAACAUCAUUUCUUUUUGUAAAACACUUGAAUGAUAACAUAGUCAGCCAAUCACAGUUCCUUAAUAUCAUGUUCAUAUCAUUUCCUAAAGAUGAACAAAUGGAGACUUAAAUGCAGAUCAAAUAUCAGGAAUACUAUUAAAGGGAGAUAAUUCAAUUUAAGGAAUUUCUGUGUAUUUGAUAUUAGACCUACCCUAGCUAUUUUAGAUAUUCAGAUUUCGAAACUUUUAACGAUAUGGAAUGGAGAGUUAGAGGAAUUAUCAUUUUUAAUGAUUAGUGCGCCCUAGAAUAAAUCAUUUGUGAGACAUUGCCGCAGAUGUGCUUAGUUUCCUCAUUUGAAUUUUAUAAUAAAAGUUUUGUGUCAAAAUUUAUGUAACAAAAGAUUUUAUUUAAAAUUCUGAGUCAAGUAGAACAUAAUGAUUGAUUUCUAGUGCAAACAUUCAUAACUAUUUCAUUCAUAUAUCCAAAAUCAGCAUGUGACUCAUCAGAUUAUAUUCCCUUAAUUAGAUAUUACCAUUUAAUAUUAACCAACUUAUUUCAGUAUUUUAUUUGUACUUACAAACUUAAAUAUGAAUAUCCAUGUCGGGAUAGAAAUGUGUCCCUGCUCCCAAGCUCUGGAAGCUCAUUAUGGACCAUUUUUGAUAGGUUAUUUCCCUUGUUAGUAGUGUUACCUUGCCUCCCCUUACCUCCUCAUGUAUCAUUCACUCAUUUGCCUUCAACAACGUGUCUUCACUUCACGUAUUUUAAUUUGUUGUGAAAUAUAUAUUGUGCCUUCACCAUAUUCACGGAAUGCGCCUCAAUGUUAUUCUCAUAUGUUUAAACAUUUAUGUUAUCUUUGAAUAAAACUGAAACCGUUGAAAUAUGCAACCAGAGAAAAAUAUAUUUUCUUCAUUCAAGACAUAAAAUACUUAUGCUAAAUAGGGCUAGUCACAUGUUCAACUUAAAAUGUUUAUUUCACAUAAUUUAUUGCCAUUAGACCCAAACCACACAUUGAAAUGUUCAGCACACUGAUUCAUAAAUAUGAAAUAUGAAAUUGUUAAUUUCACUAAGUUUGAUCUGUUGAUUUGCUUUGUGAAGUGGGUGUUUGUGUACAAUUAAAAUUUUAAAUCUACAGAUAGAGUAAAUAUUGAGAUACAAAAGAAACCAAAUUCUGCUUUAUCUGAUAGAUUGAAAAUUAAAUCAAAAGUCAAAAAUGCAGAAAUGAAAGUUCGCAUUAGUUAAUAUGCAAAAUUCUAAAUGUAAUGGAUUCAUGUUUUCUUGUCAUAUAGGGCCUACUUAAAAUAGUAAAGAAUUUUGUAAAAAAAAAUUUGUUGAUUUUUGGAAAUAAAUUUUAGUGAUUAUUUUUGAAGUGUCAAUGCCCAUUUAAUUGAUUUAUAAAAAUACUUUGUUUAAUCCCCAGUAUCCAGUUGUUUUGACUGAUAUACAUUAAACUAAUAGAAAAUGGUGUUAAUAAAGGAAAUCAACAGCCAGGUAGGGAAUGUCUGCGAUCAUGUAUUUAUACAUUUAAAAGAUAAGCUUUGUUAUUGCAAUAUCAAUUUCAUGUUUGAAAAAGUAUGAAAUGUCUAGUUUAAUAAAACAGAAAUUUACCGUUUCUGUAGAUUCACUAAAAUUGAUCAUUGUGGAUGCUGAUUUGCAAAUAUGAAUUCUUCUUAAUUAAACAUUCUGUACAUUAUGAAAGAGCUAAAUCUGCCUAUUGCAGGUCUUACUUUAGGCCUUAAAUGUUACAUAAAUUAUUAAUUAGACAUUAAUUAACUUACCAAGACCAUUAUCAACUCCCGAUGCAAUAAAGACUUUGUAUUUUAUCGGCAAUAUCUAUUUUUGAACUAUUAUAGUGUGAACUGCAAAUCUCAAAUUUACAAUGUUCAAUUUAUAAUUAUUUCACAUUUAAAAACAGGAGACUUUCCAGCAUUCCAAUGAAAAGGUGAUGCAUAAAUUUUGUGAUUUUAUGAUUAUUUUCUUGCUCUAUUUGCUUGGUUCUUCCAUAGACAUAGGGGGCCAAUCUCACUUUAUUGAACCUUGUGAACCCUCUAACUCCAAAAGUUAUCAUCUGAUCUUUCUGAAAUGUAUAUGCAUUAUUUAAAUUAGUAAAACGAAGAAGUCUAUUGAAUUUCAGCAAUUUCUGUUGACUACAUCUAGAGUUAUGGCCCAUGUUUCACUUUAUUGAACCUUGUUAACUCUGUUAACGAUAAAAAAUUAUCACCCAAUCUUUGUGAAAUUUAUAUGCAUGAUUUAAAUUAGUGAAACGCAGAAUCCUAUUGAAAUUCAGCAAUUUCUGUUUAUUACGUCUAGAGUUAUGGCCCUUGUUUCACUUUAUUGAACCUUGUGAUUAUUUUCUUGCUCUAUUUACUUGGUUCUUCCAUAGACGUAGGGGGCCAAUCUCACUUUAUUGAACCUUGUGAACCCUCUAACGCCAAAAGUUAUCAUCCGAUCUUUCAGAAAUUUAUAUGUAUUAUUUAGAUUAGUGAAACGAAGAAGCCUAUUGAAUUUCAGCAAUUUUUAGAACCUUCUGAACCCUCAACCGACGAAAAUUAUAAUGUCAUCUGUAUGAAAUUGUCUAUUUUGUUGCCUGGCAACCUAUCUUUAAGUUAUAUGAAAUGUCAACAUUUAAAGUAAGAUACAAAAUCUAUUCACUGUAAAUUACCUGAAGUAACAUCAUCUUCAAAUGAAUAAUUGAAAUAAGCUAUAAAUUGUAAAAUACCCCCUCCUCCCCCUCCCCGUCUACUGUCUUUCUCUGUGGCCUUAUACAUAUGGAUGAUUGAUUGACAGAUGUUCAGUUUAUUUAUUAUUAUUAUUAUAUAUAUAUAUAUAUUAGAUAGAAAUAAAUAGUAUAAACAGA